AUGCCGCUUCACAGUGACGACUCAAGCAAUAAACGACCCCUAGAAACCGAUGAUUCGGACUCAAACCCCAAAAAAAGAGUCUCCGAUGAGGGACAAACUGACGAUGAAAUUGUCUCAGGUGGGGGCCCCACCGACGAACCAAAAUUUUUCAACGGUGUAGAAAUCUCCAAGCUCACUAAGCGUCAGCUGAAAAAAUACAAAAAGUGUCUCAAGUGGCAGGAAAUCAAGAAAGAAAAGCGAGCUAAGGAGCGCCUUCGGACUAAAGAAAAACGCAUUCAAGCCAAGCUCAACAACGUCGAUUUGGGGCCCAGUCGCAAGCAGUUGAAGAAGAUGAAAAUGAAGGACAGUCCGUGCAAAAUUGGGGUCUGUAUUGACUUGAGUUUUGACGAUUUGAUGAUAGAUAAGGAUAUGGCUAAGACUAUUAAGCAAAUAUUGAGGGUGUAUACGGCGAACAGGAGGGCGGAUGCACCUAUGCAGUUGUCCUUGACCAGUUUUAAUGGACGUAGUAAGACGGAAAUGGCCAAACAUCAUGGGUAUGAGAACUGGGAUAUAAAUUUCUGUGAGGAGGAUUAUAGUCAAGUGUUCCCUAAGGAGAAGUUGGUUUAUUUAAGUAGCGAGAGUGACAAUGUUAUCACUGAGCUGGAGCAAGACAAAGUGUACAUAAUUGGGGGUUUAGUUGACCACAAUUUUCACAAAGGAAUUUGUUACAACAAAGCUGUAGAACAAGGAAUCGCACAUGGACAGUUACCCAUAAAUGAGUACUUCUGGCUAAAUCAUAGGAAGGUCCUAACUAUUAAUCAAGUGUUUGAAAUUCUGCUGCGCGUUAGUGAAGGAAAACCCUUUAAAGCAGCUAUUGAAUCUAUUUUACCAAAACGCAUAGAGAAAACUACGGCGGUUAAAGAAUCGGACGACGAAGUGGAUGAAGAAAAGACGUCAGUUAAUAGUGAUCAAGACGACGAAAAUACAAGUUGACACUGAUUUUUGUUGCUUUGUUAUAAAUAAAUAUUUAUUGAAACAA